GUCACGGGUAGAGAAUCAGUUUUACGGAAAGUGAAAGAGUUUCUCUCUCAGACUCGACUCCAUUGUGCCUCUGUUGGAAAAGCAGAAAAACCGCAACACCAGGCAGAAACGGUGAUAUUAAUGUUACACAACAUCGACUGCUGAAUAAAAGAGUGUCAGUAAUUCCAGCAGAAGAGAUCUGCAUCUUCAGGACUCAGCUGUGUGUCCAUGAGCUGUCUGUGUUUACACUAAUAUUCAAACAUGGAGACCCCUGACCUGGACACAGAGAAUGUGACCCCACCCAUAAAGAAACGUAAACUACAGAGAAAGAGAUCAGACUCCCCAGAACCCAGCUGUGUCUCCAUGAAGAGCGAUGCGUCUAUGAUUCCUCCUCAGAACUUUAGAAAUAAAGACUCCUCAUCUGUACACAGUAAACUACAGAGAAAGAGAUCAGACUCACCAGAACCCAGCUGUGUCUCCAUGAAGAGUGAUGCGUCUAUGAUUCCUCCUCAGAACUUUAGAAAUAAAGACUCCUCAUCUGUACACAGUGUUGUACAGAAGUCAGGAGACAGAAGAGAAAAGAACAUCAUCACAGCUACAGGACACGACCCAGAACCUGCUGCUGUAAAUGACUUCCAGAAAAAGUUCAAAUUAAAUCUGGUGAAGAAGUUUCAGUGUUUAAAUGGAGUGAUGAUAAACCCGGAAAACCAAACACUCCUGAAUGAGAUCUACACAGAGCUCUACAUCACAGAGGGAGACAGUGGAGACGUCAGUAAAGAACAUGAGGUGAGACAGAUCGAGGGAACAUCCAGGAGAACAACAACAGAGGAAACACCGAUCAAAUGCAAUGACAUCUUUAAGCCCUUAUCUGAUCAAGACAAACCCAUCAGAACUGUGCUGACAAAGGGAGUCGCUGGCAUCGGAAAAACAGUUACUGUGCAGAAGUUCAUUCUGGACUGGGCUGAAGGGAAAGUAAAUCAGGACGUCCAGCUCAUGUUUCUACUUCCUUUCAGAGAGCUGAAUUUGAUGAAGGACCAGAAACUGAGUCUGAUGGAUCUCCUUCAUGUCUGUUUUAAGGAGACAAAAGAAACAGAAAUGUCCAGUUUGGAAAAGGUUCUGUUCAUUUUUGACGGAUUGGACGAGUGUCGUUUUCCUCUGGAUUUCCAGAACACAGAGAGAGUGUGUGAUGUAACUGAAUCAGCAUCAGUGCAUGUGCUGCUGAUAAACCUGAUCAAAGGGAAUCUGCUUCCCUCUGCUCUCAUCUGGAUCACCUCCCGACCAGCAGCAGCUGAUCAAAUCCCCUCUGAGUGUGUCCAUCGAGUCACAGAGGUACGAGGGUUCAAUGACCCACAGAAGGAGGAGUACUUCAGGAAGAGGAUCAGUGAUCAGAGCCUGGCCAAUAACAUCAUCACACACCUGAAGUCAUUAAGAAGCCUCUACAUCAUGUGCCACAUCCCAGUCUUCUGCUGGAUUUCAGCCACUGUUCUAGAGAGAAUGUUGGAUGAAGCAGAGAGUGGAGAGAUGCCCAAGACUCUGACUCAAAUGUACACACACUUCCUCAUCAUUCAAACAAACAUCAUAAGAGAAAAGUACUCGAAGAAGCAGGAGAAUGAUGAAGAAAUGCUUCUCAAACUGGGACACCUGGCUUUUCAGCAACUGAUGAAAGGCAACCUGAUCUUCUAUGAGGAAGACCUGAGAGAGUGUGGCAUUGAUGUGAGAGAAGCAGCAGUGUAUUCAGGUGUGUGUACUCAGAUCUUCAGAGAAGAGUUUGGGCUUCACCAGAGUAAAGUGUACUGCUUUGUUCAUCUGAGCAUUCAGGAGCAUCUCGCAGCUCUGUACGUGCACCUGACAUUCAUGAAGGAAAAGAGAAAUGUUCUUGAACAGAGUCGGGACUUUAAGACAAUUUCAGAUGUCCACAAGAGUGCUGUACAUCAGGCCCUAAAGAGUCAGACUGGACAUCUGGAUCUUUUCCUCCGCUUUCUUCUGGGUCUCUCACUGGAGUCCAAUCAGAAACUCUUACAUGCCUUAGUAACACAUACAGGAAGUAGCUCCCAGACAGGAAAGGGGGACACAGUACAGUACAUCAAGGAGAUGAUCAGUGGAGAUCUCCCUACAGAGAAAUCCAUCAAUCUGUUCCACUGUCUGAAUGAACUGGGGGACAAUUCUCUAGUGGAGGAAAUCCAACGCUACCUGAAAUCUGGAACACAAAGUGAACUCUCUUCUUCACAGUGGUCUGCUCUGGUGUUUGUCUUACUGACAUCAGCAGAGGAGCUGGAGGAAUUUGACCUGAGUAAAUAUAUCUCUACAGAUAAAAUAAGAGAUUGGAUUCUUGUGAAGGUGAUGCCUGUGAUUGCAGCAUCCAGAAAAGCAAUUAUCAGGUGUGAUACAAUUAAAAACAGUGGUUGUAGAGCUCUGGCCUCAGUGCUCAGCUCAGAAACCUCCAAUCUGAGAGAACUGCAUCUGACUGUGGAUACACUGGAUCUGACUGGGAAUAAACUAGGAGACUCAGGAGUGAAGCGUCUCUCUGCUCUACUGGAGAAUCCUCAGUGUAAAGUAAAAAAUCUGAGGUUGUGGAGGUGUGAUAUAUCAGAUGAAGGCUGUGCUGCUCUGACUUCAGCUCUGAGAUCAAACCCCUCACACCUGAGAGAACUGGAUCUGUCUGUGAAUAAUCUAGGAGACUCAGGAGUGAAGAGUCUCUCUGCUGUACUGGAGAAUCUUCUCUGUAAACUGGAGAUACUGAGGUUGGGUUUUUGUGGUGUCUCAGAUGAAGGCUGUGCUGCUCUGACUUCAGCUCUGAGAUCAAACCCCUCACACCUGAGAGAACUGGAUCUGUCUGAGAAUAAACUAGGAGACUCAGGAGUGAAGAGUCUCUCUGCUGUACUGGAGAAUCCUCUCUGUAAACUGGAGAAACUGAGGUUGCGUGAGUGUGGUGUCUCAGAUGAAGGCUGUGCUGCUCUGACUUCAGCUCUGAGAUCAAACCCCUCACACCUGAGAGAACUGGAUCUGUCUCUGAAUAAACUAGGAGACUCAGGAGUGAAGAGUCUCGCUGCUGUACUGGAGAAUCCUCUCUGUAAACUGGAGAUACUGAGGUUGUGGAGGUGUGAUAUAUCAGAUGAAGGCUGUGCUGCUCUGACUUCAGCUCUGAGAUCAAACCCCUCACACCUGAGAGAACUGGAUCUGUCUGGGAAUAAACUAGGAGACUCAGGAGUGAAGAGUCUCUCUGCUGUACUGGAGAAUCCUCUCUGUAAACUGGAGAUACUGAAUAAACUACAGAGAAAGAGAUCAGACUCACCAGAACCCAGCUGUGUCUCCAUGAAGAGUGAUGCGUCUAUGGUUCCUCCUCUGAACUUUAGAAAUAAAGACUCCUCAUCUGUACACAGUGUUGUACAGAAGUCAGGAGACAGAAGAGAAAAGAACAUCAUCACAGCUACAGGACACGACCCAGAACCUGCUGCUGUAAAUGACUUCCAGAAAAAGUUCAAAUUAAAUCUGGUGAAGAAGUUUCAGUGUUUAAAUGGAGUGAUGAUAAACCCGGAAAACCGAACACUCCUGAAUGAGAUCUACACAGAGCUCUACAUCACAGAGGGAGACGGUGGAGACGUCAAUAAAGAACAUGAGGUGAGACAGAUCGAGGCAGCAUCCAGGAGAACAACAACAGAGGAAACACCGAUCAAAUGCAAUGACAUCUUUAAGCCCUUAUCUGAUCAAGACAAACCCAUCAGAACUGUGCUGACAAAGGGAGUCGCUGGCAUCGGAAAAACAGUUACUGUGCAGAAGUUCAUUCUGGACUGGGCUGAAGGGAAAGUAAAUCAGGACGUCCAGCUCAUGUUUCCACUUCCUUUCAGAGAGCUGAAUUUGAUGAAGGACCAGAAACUGAGUCUGAUGGAUCUCCUUCAUGUCUGUUUUAAGGAGACAAAAGAAACAGAAAUGUCCAGUUUGGAAAAGGUUCUGUUCGUUUUUGACGGAUUGGACGAGUAUCGUUUUCCUCUGGAUUUCCAGAACACAGAGAGAGUGUGUGAUGUAACUGAAUCAGCAUCAGUGCAUGUGCUGCUGAUAAACCUGAUCAAAGGGAAUCUGCUUCCCUCUGCUCUCAUCUGGAUCACCUCCCGACCAGCAGCAGCUGAUCAAAUCCCCUCUGAGUGUGUCCAUCGAGUCACAGAGGUACGAGGGUUCAAUGACCCACAGAAGGAGGAGUACUUCAGGAAGAGGAUCAGUGAUCAGAGCCUGGCCAAUAACAUCAUCACACACCUGAAGUCAUUAAGAAGCCUCUACAUCAUGUGCCACAUCCCAGUCUUCUGCUGGAUUUCAGCCACUGUUCUAGAGAGAAUGUUGGGUGAAGCAGAGAGUGGAGAGAUGCCCAAGACUCUGACUCAAAUGUACACACACUUCCUCAUCAUUCAGACAAACAUCAUAAGAGAAAAGUACUCAAAGAAGCAGGAGAGUGAUGAAGAAAUGCUUCUCAAACUGGGACGACUGGCUUUCCAGCAGCUGAUGAAAGGCAACCUGAUCUUCUAUGAGGAAGACCUGAGAGAGUGUGGCAUUGAUGUGAGAGAAGCAGCAGUGUACUCAGGUGUGUGUACUCAGAUCUUCAGAGAAGAGUUUGGGCUUCACCAGAGUAAAGUGUACAGCUUUGUUCAUCUGAGCAUUCAGGAGCAUCUCGCAGCUCUGUAUGUGCAUCUGACAUUCAUGAAGGAAAAGAGAAAUGUUCUUGAACAGAGUUGGUUUUCUGAACCAGAGAUUUUGUCUGACGAAGAGGAUGAAUCGGAGAUGUUCUCUGACCAGUGGAUUGAAGAAAUUACAGUCUCGGAUGUCCUCAAGAGUGCUGUAGAUCAGGCCUUAUACAGUGAAACUGGACAUCUAGAUCUUUUCCUUCGUUUUCUUCUGGGUCUCUCACUGGAGUCCAGUCAGAAACUCUUACAUUCCUUAGUAACACAUACAGGAAGUAGCUCCCAGACAGGAAAGAGGACCACAGUACAGUACAUCAAGGAGAAGAUCAGUGGAGAUCCCCCUACAGAGAAAUCCAUCAAUCUGUUCCACUGUCUGAAUGAACUGGGGGACAAUUCUCUAGUGGAGGAAAUCCAACGCUGCCUGAAAUCUGGAAAACAAAGUGAACUCUCUUCUUCACAGUGGUCUGCUCUGGUGUUUGUCUUACUGACAUCAGCAGAGGAGCUGGAGGAAUUUGACCUGAGUAAAUAUUUCUCUACAGAUAAAAUUACAGAUUGGAUUCUUGUGAAGGUGAUGCCUGUGAUUGCAGCAUCCAGAAAAGCAAUUAUCAGGUGUGAUACAAUUCAAUACAGUGGUUGGUCAGCUCUGGACUCAGUGCUCAGCUCAGAAACCUCCAAUCUGAGAGAACUGCAUCUGACUGUGGAUACACUGGAUCUGAAUUGGAGUGAUCUAGGAGACUCAGGAGUGAAGCGUGUCUCUGCUCUACUGGAGAAUCCUCAGUGUAAAGUAAAAAAUCUGAAGUUGCGUGAGUGUGGUGUCUCAAAUGAAGGCUGUGCUGCUCUGACUUCAGCUCUGAGAUCAAACCCCUCACACCUGAGAGAACUGAAUCUGUCUGAUAAUAAACUAGGAGUCUCAGGAGUGAAGAGUCUCUCUGCUGUACUGGAGAAUCCUCUCUGUAAACUGGAGAUACUGUGGCUGAGUAGGUGUGAUAUCUCAGAUGAAGGCUGUGCUGCUCUGACUUCAGCUCUGAGAUCAAACCCCUCACACCUGAGAGAACUGAAUCUGUCUCAUAAUAAACUAGGAGACUCAGGAGUGAAGAGUCUCUCUGCUGUACUGGAGAAUCCUCUCUGUAAACUGGAGAUACUGAGGCUGAGUAGGUGUGAUAUCUCAGAUGAAGGCUGUGCUGCUCUGACUUCAGCUCUGAGAUCAAACCCCUCACACCUGAGAGAACUGAAUCUGUCUCAUAAUAAACUAGGAGACUCAGGAGUGAAGAGUCUCUCUGCUGUACUGGAGAAUCCUCACUGUAAACUGGAGAUACUGUGUAAACUACAGAGAAAGAGAUCACACUCACCAGAACCCAGCUGUGUCUCCAUGAAGAGUGAUGAGUCUAUGGAUCCUCCUUGGAACUUUAGAAAUAGAGACUCAUCAUCUGUACACAGUAAACUACAGAGAAAGAGAUCAGACCCAAGACAACCCAGCUGUGUCUCCAUGAAGAGUGAUGCGUCUAUGGGUCCUCCGUUGUACUUUAGAAAUAAAGAAUCCACAUCUGUACACAGUAAACUACAGAGAACGAGAUCAGACUCACCAGAACCCAGCUGUGUCUCCAUGAAGAGUGAUGCGUCUAUGGCUCCUCCUCUGAACUUUAGAAAUAAAGACUCAUCUGUACACAGUGUUGUACAGAAGUCAGGAGACAGAAGAGAAAAGAACAUCAUCACAGCUACAGGACACGACCCAGAACCUGCUGCUGUAAAUGAAUUCCAGAAAAAGUUCAAAUUAAAUCUGGUGAAGAAGUUUCAGUGUUUAAAUGGAGUGAUGAUAAACCUGGAAAACCGAACACUCCUGAAUGAGAUCUACACAGAGCUCUACAUCACAGAGGGAGACGGUGGAGACGUCAAUAAAGAACAUGAGGUGAGACAGAUCGAGGCAGCAUCCAGGAGAAAAACAACAGAGGAAACACCAAUCAAAUGCAAUGACAUCUUUAAGCCCUUAUCUGAUCAAGACAAACCCAUCAGAACUGUGCUGACAAAGGGAGUCGCUGGCAUCGGAAAAACAGUUUCUGUGCAGAAGUUCAUUCUGGACUGGGCUGAAGGGAAAGUAAAUCAGGACGUCCAGCUCAUAUUUCCACUUCCUUUCAGAGAGCUGAAUUUGAUGAAGGACCAGAAACUGAGUCUGAUGGAUCUCCUUCAUGUCUGUUUUAAGGAGACAAAAGAAACAGAAAUGUCCAGUUUGGAAAAGGUUCUGUUCAUUUUUGACGGAUUGGACGAGUGUCGUUUUCCUCUGGAUUUCCAGAACACAGAGAGAGUGUGUGAUGUAACUGAAUCAGCAUCAGUGCAUGUGCUGCUGAUAAACCUGAUCAAAGGGAAUCUGCUUCCUUCUGCUCUCAUCUGGAUCACCUCCCGACCAGCAGCAGCUGAUCAAAUCCCCUCUGAGUGUGUCCAUCGAGUCACAGAGGUACGAGGGUUCAAUGACCCACAGAAGGAGGAGUACUUCAGGAAGAGGAUCAGUGAUCAGAGCCUGGCCAAUAACAUCAUCACACACCUGAAGUCAUUAAGAAGCCUCUACAUCAUGUGCCACAUCCCAGUCUUCUGCUGGAUUUCAGCCACUGUUCUAGAGAGAAUGUUGGAUGAAGCAGAGAGUGGAGAGAUGCCCAAGACUCUGACUCAAAUGUACACACACUUCCUCAUCAUUCAUACAAACAUCAUAAGAGAAAAGUACUCGAAGAAGCAGGAGAGUGAUGAAGAAAUGCUUCUCAAACUGGGACGACUGGCUUUUCAGCAGCUGAUGAAAGGCAACCUGAUCUUCUAUGAGGAAGACCUGAGAGAGUGUGGCAUUGAUGUGAGAGAAGCAGCAGUGUACUCAGGUGUGUGUACUCAGAUCUUCAGAGAAGAGUUUGGGCUUCACCAGAGUAAAGUGUACAGCUUUGUUCAUCUGAGCAUUCAGGAGCAUCUCGCAGCUUUGUAUGUGCAUCUGACAUUCAUGAAGGAAAAGAGAAAUGUUCUUGAACAGAGUCGGGACUUUAAGACAAUUUCAGAUGUCCACGAGAGUGCUGUAGAUCAGGCCUUAAAGAGUGAGACUGGACAUCUGGAUCUUUUCCUCCGCUUUCUUCUGGGUCUCUCACUGGAGUCCAAUCAGAAGCUCUUACAUGCCUUAGUAACACAUACAGGAAGUAGCUCCCAGACAGGAAAGAGUAACACAGUACAAUACAUUAAGAGGAAGAUCAGUGGAGAUCCCCCUACAGAGAAAGCCAUCAAUCUGUUCCACUGUCUGAAUGAACUGGGGGACAAUUCUCUAGUGGAGGAAAUCCAACGCUACCUGAAAUCUGGAACACAAAGUGAACUCUCUUCUUCACAGUGGUCUGCUCUGGUGUUUGUCUUACUGACAUCAGCAGAGGAGCUGGAGGAAUUUGACCUGAGUAAAUAUUUCUCUACAGAUAAAAUAAGAGAUCAGAUUCUUGUGAACGUGAUGCCUGUGAUUGCAGCAUCCAGAAAAGCAAUUAUCAGGUGUGAUACAAUUCAAGAACGUGGUUGGAGAGCUCUGGACUCAGUGCUCAGUUCAGAAACCUCCAAUCUGAGAGAACUGCAUCUGACUGUGGAUACACUGGAUCUGACUGGGAGUGAUCUAGGAGACUCAGGAGUGAAGCGUCUCUCUGCUCUACUGGAGAAUCCUCAGUGUAAAGUAAAAAAUCUGAGGCUGAGUAGGUGUGAUAUCUCAGAUGAAGGCUGUGCUGCUCUGACUUCAGCUCUGAGAUCAAACCCCUCACACCUGAGAGAACUGGAUCUGUCUCAUAAUAAUCUAGGAGACUCAGGAGUGAAGAGUGUCUCUGCUGUACUGGAGAAUCCUCUCUGUAAACUGGAGAUACUGGAGUUGCGUGGUUGUGGUGUCUCAGGUGAAGGCUGCGCUCCUCUGACUUCAGCUCUGAGAUCAAACCCCUCACACCUGAGAAAACUGUAUCUGUCUCUGAAUAAUCUAGGAGACUCUGGAGUGAAGAGUCUCUCUGCUGUACUGGAGAAUCCUCUCUGUAACCUGGAGAUACUGUGUGUUCUACAGAAGUCAGGAGACAGAAGAGAAAAGAACAUCAUCACAGCUACAGGUAAACUACAGAAAAAGAGAUCAGACUCCCCAGAACCCAGCUGUGUCUCCAUGAAGAGUGAUGCGUCUAUGGAGUCUCCUCUGACCUUUAGAAAUAAGGACUCCUCAUCUGUACACAGGAGAUCAGACUCACCAGAACCCAGCUGUGUCUCCAUGAAGAGUGAUGCGUCUAUGGGUCAUCCAGAGAACUUUAGAAAUAAAGACUCCUCAUCUGUACACAGUGUUCUACAGAAGUCAGGAGACAGAAGAGAAAAGAACAUCAUCACAGCUACAGGACACGACCCAGAACCUGCUGCUGUAAAUGACUUCCAGAAAAAGUUCAAAUUAAAUCUGGUGAAGAAGUUUCAGUGUUUAAAUGGAGUGAUGAUAAACCUGGAAAACCGAACACUCCUGAAUGAGAUCUACACAGAGCUCUACAUCACCGAGGGAGACAUUGGAGACGUCACUAAAGAACAUGAAGUGAGACAGAUCGAGGCAGCAUCCAGGAGAACAACAACAGAGGAAACACCAAUCAAAUGUAAUGACAUCUUUAAGCCUUUACCUGAUCAAGACAAACCCAUCAGAACUGUGCUGACAAAGGGAGUCGCUGGCAUCGGAAAAACAGUUUCUGUGCAGAAGUUCAUUCUGGACUGGGCUGAAGGGGAAGUAAAUCAGGACGUCCAGCUCAUGUUUCCACUUCCUUUCAGAGAGCUGAAUUUGAUGAAGGACCAGAAACUGAGUCUGAUGGAUCUCCUUCAUGUCUGUUUUAAGGAGACAAAAGAAACAGAAAUGUCCAGUUUGGAAAAGGUUCUGUUCAUUUUUGACGGAUUGGACGAGUAUCGUUUUCCUCUGGAUUUCCAGAACACAGAGAGAGUGUGUGAUGUAACUGAAUCAGCAUCAGUGCAUGUGCUGCUGAUAAACCUGAUCAAAGGGAAUCUGCUUCCCUCUGCUCUCAUCUGGAUCACCUCCCGACCAGCAGCAGCUGAUCAAAUCCCCUCUGAGUGUGUCCAUCGAGUCACAGAGGUACGAGGGUUCAAUGACCCACAGAAGGAGGAGUACUUCAGGAAGAGGAUCAGUGAUCAGAGCCUGGCCAAUAACAUCAUCACACACCUGAAGUCAUUAAGAAGCCUCUACAUCAUGUGCCACAUCCCAGUCUUCUGCUGGAUUUCAGCCACUGUUCUAGAGAGAAUGUUGGAUGAAGCAGAGAGUGGAGAGAUGCCCAAGACUCUGACUCAAAUGUACACAUAUUUCCUCAUCAUUCAGACAAACAUCAUAAGAGAAAAGUACUCGAAGAAGCAGGAGAGUGAUGAAGAAAUGCUUCUCAAACUGGGACAACUGGCUUUUCAGCAGCUGAUGAAAGGCAACCUGAUCUUCUAUGAGGAAGACCUGAGAGAGUGUGGCAUUGAUGUGAGAGAAGCAGCAGUGUACUCAGGUGUGUGUACUCAGAUCUUCAGAGAAGAGUUUACUCACCAGAGUAAAGUGUACUGCUUUGUUCAUCUGAGCAUUCAGGAGCAUCUCGCAGCUCUGUAUGUGCACCUGACAUUCAUGAAGGAAAAGAGAAAUGUUCUUAUACAGAGUCGGGUCUUUAAGACAAUUUCAGAUGUCCACAAGAGUGCUGUAUAUCAGGCCUUAAAGAGUCAGACUGGACAUCUGGAUCUUUUCCUCCGUUUUCUUCUGGGUCUCUCACUGGAGUCCAAUCAGAAACUCUUACAUGCCUUAGUAACACAUACAGGAAGUAUCUCCCAGACAGGAAAGGGGGACACGGUACAGUACAUCAAGGAGAAGAUCAGUGGAAAUACCCCUACAGAGAAAUCCAUCAAUUUAUUCCACUGUCUGAAUGAACUGGAGGACAAUUCUCUAGUGGAGGAAAUCCAACGCUACCUGAAAUCUGGAAAACAAAGUGAACUCUCUUCUUCACAGUGGUCUGCUCUGGUGUUUGUCUUACUGACAUCAGCAGAGGAGCUGGAGGAAUUUGACCUGAGUAAAUAUAUCUCUACAGAUAAAAUAAGAGAUGAGAUUCUUGUGAAGGUGAUGCCUGUGAUUGCAGCAUCCAGAAAAGCAGUUAUCAGGUGUGAUACAAUUCAAAAAAGUGGUUGGUCAGCUCUGGCCUCAGUGCUCAGCUCAGAAACCUCCAAUCUGAGAGAACUGCAUCUGACUGUGGAUACACUGGAUCUGUCUGGGAAUAAACUAGGAGACUCAGGAGUGAAGCGUCUCUCUGCUCCACUGGAGAAUCCUCAGUGUAAAGUAAAAAAUCUGAAGUUGCGUAAUUGUGGUGUCUCAAGUAAAGGCUGUUCUGGUCUGACUUCAGCUCUGAGAUCAAACCCCUCACACCUGAGAGAACUGCAUCUGUCUGGGAAUUAUCUAGGAGACUCAGGAGUGAAGAGUCUCUCUGCUGGACUGGAGAAUCCUCACUGUAAACUGGAGAUACUGAAGUUGGAGUAUUGUGAUAUCUCAGAUGAAGGCUGUGCUGCUCUGGUUGCAGCUCUGAGAUCAAACCCCUCACACCUGAGAAAACUGGAUCUGUCUAUAAAUAAACUAGGAGAAUCAGGAGUGAAGUGUCUCUCUGCUGUACUGGAGAAUCCUCUCUGUAAACUGGAGAAACUGAACUUGCGUGAGUGUGGUAUAAUAGAUGAAGGCUGUGCUGCUCUGACUUCAGCUCUGAGAUCAAACCACUCACACCUGAGAGAACUGGAUCUGUCCUGGAAUAAACUAGGAGACUCAGGAGUGAAGUGUCUUUCUGCUGGACUGGAGAAUCCUCUCUGUAAACUGGAGAUACUGGGGUUGUGGAGUUGUGGUGUCUCAGAUGAAGGCUGUGCUGCUCUGACUUCAGCUCUGAGAUCAAACCCCUCACACCUGAGAGAACUGGAUUUGUCUGGGAAUAAACUAGGAGACUCAGGAGUGAAGUGUCUCUCUGCUGUACUGGAGAAUCCUCACUGUAAACUGGAGAUACUAAAGUUGUGUAAUUGUGGUGUCUCAGAUGAAGGCUGUGCUGCUCUGACUUCAGCUCUGAGAUCAAACCCCUCACACCUAAGAGAACUGGAUCUGUCUGAGAAAAAACUGGGAGACUCAGGAGUGAAGAGUCUCUCUGCUGUACUGGAGAAUCCUCUCUGUAAACUGGAGAUACUGGGGUUGUAUGAUUGUGGUGUCUCAGAUGAAGGCUGUGCUGCUCUGGCUUCAGCUCUGAGAUCAAACCCCUCACACCUGAGAGAACUGAAUCUGUCUAAGAAUGAACUAGGAGACUCAGGAGUGAAGUGUCUCUCUGCUGGACUGGAGCAUCCUCACUGUAAACUGGAGAUACUGAAGUUGUGGAAUUGUGAUAUCUCAGGUGAAGGCUGUGCUGCUCUGACUUCAGCUCUGAGAUCAAACCCCUUACACCUGAGAGAACUGGAUCUGUCUGAGAAUAAACUAGGAGACUCAGGAGUGAAGAGUCUCUCUGCUGUACUGGAGAAUCCUCUCUGUAAACUGGAGAAACUGGGUAAACUACAGAGAAAGAGAUCAGACUCACCAGAACCCAGCUGUGUCUCCAUGAAGAGUGAUGCAUCUAUGGAUCCUCCUUGGAACUUUAGAAAUAGAGACUCCUCACCUGACAACAGUAAACUACAGAGAAAGAGAUCAGACACCCCAGAACCCAGCUGUGUCUCCAUGAAGAGUGAUGCGUCUAUGGAUCCUCCUUGGAACUUUAAAAAUGGAAACCCCUCAUCUGUACACAGUAAACUACAGAGAAAGAGAUCAGACUCACCAGAACCCAGCUGUGUCUCCAUGAAGAGUGAUGCGUCUAUGGAUCCUCCUUGGAACUUUAGAAAUAGAGACUCCUCACCUGACAACAGUAAACUACAGCGAAAGAGAUCAGACGCCCCAGAACCCAGCUGUGUCUCCAUGAAGAGUGAUGCGUCUAUGGAUCCUCCUUGGAACUUUAAAAAUGGAAACCCCUCAUCUGUACACAGUAAACUACAGAGAAAGAGAUCAGACUCACCAGAACCCAGCUGUGUCUCCAUGAAGAGUGAUGCGUCUAUGGAUCCUCCUUGGAACUUUAGAAAUAGAGACUCCUCACCUGACAACAGUAAACUACAGAGAAAGAGAUCAGACGCCCCAGAACCCAGCUGUGUCUCCAUGAAGAGUGAUGCGUCUAUGGAUCCUCCUUGGAACUUUAAAAAUGGAAACCCCUCAUCUGUACACAGUGUUCUACAGAAGUCAGGAGACAGAAGAGAAAAGAACAUCAUCACAGCUACAGGACACGACCCAGAACCUGCUGCUGUAAAUGACUUCCAGAAAAAGUUCAAAUUAAAUCUGGUGAAGAAGUUUCAGUGUUUAAAUGGAGUGAUGAUAAACCCGGAAAACCGAACACUCCUGAAUGAGAUCUACACAGAGCUCUACAUCACAGAGGGAGACGGUGGAGACGUCAAUAAAGAACAUGAGGUGAGACAGAUCGAGGCAGCAUCCAGGAGAACAACAACAGAGGAAACACCAAUCAAAUGCAAUGACAUCUUUAAGCCGUUAUCUGAUCAAGACAAACCCAUCAGAACUGUGCUGAAAAAGCCCUUAUCUAAAAAAGACAAACCCAUCAGAACUGUGCUGAAAAAGCCCUUACCUAAAAAAGACAAACCCAUCAGAACUGUGCUGACAAAGGGAGUCGCUGGCAUCGGAAAAACAGUUUCUGUGCAGAAGUUCAUUCUGGACUGGGCUGAAGGGAAAGCAAAUCAGGACGUCCAGCUCAUGUUUCCACUUCCUUUCAGAGAGCUGAAUUUGAUGAAAGACCAGAAACUGAGUCUGAUGGAUCUCCUUCAUGUCUGUUUUAAGGAGACAAAAGAAACAGAAAUGUCCAGUUUGGAAAAGGUUCUGUUCAUUUUUGAUGGAUUGGAUGAGUGUCGUUUUCCUCUGGAUUUCCAGAACACAGAGAGAGUGUGUGAUGUAACUGAAUCAGCAUCAGUGCAUGUGCUGCUGAUAAACCUGAUCAAAGGGAAUCUGCUUCCCUCUGCUCUCAUCUGGAUCACCUCCCGACCAGCAGCAGCUGAUCAAAUCCCCUCUGAGUGUGUCCAUCGAGUCACAGAGGUACGAGGGUUCAAUGACCCACAGAAGGAGGAGUACUUCAGGAAGAGGAUCAGUGAUCAGAGCCUGGCCAAUAACAUCAUCACACACCUGAAGUCAUUAAGAAGCCUCUACAUCAUGUGCCACAUCCCAGUCUUCUGCUGGAUUUCAGCCACUGUUCUAGAGAGAAUGUUGGAUGAAGCAGAGAGUGGAGAGAUGCCCAAGACUCUGACUCAAAUGUACACACACUUCCUCAUCAUUCAGACAAACAUCAUAAGAGAAAAGUACUCGAAGAAGCAGGAGAGUGAUGAAGAAAUGCUUCUCAAACUGGGACAACUGGCUUUUCAGCAGCUGAUGAAAGGCAACCUGAUCUUCUAUGAGGAAGACCUGAGAGAGUGUGGCAUUGAUGUGAGAGAAGCAGCAGUGUACUCAGGUGUGUGUACACAGAUCUUCAGAGAAGAGUUUGGACUUCACCAGAGUAAAGUGUACUGCUUUGUUCAUCUGAGCAUUCAGGAGCAUCUCGCAGCUCUGUAUGUGCACCUGACAUUCAUGAAGGAAAAGAGAAAUGUUCUUGAACAGAGUUGGGUCUUUAAGACAAUUUCAGAUGUCCUCAAGAGUGCUGUAGAUCAGGCCUUAUACAGUGAGACCGGAAAUCUAGAUCUUUUCCUUCGCUUUCUUCUGGGUCUCUCACUGGAGUCCAAUCAGAACCUCUUACAUUCCUUAGUAACACAUACAGAAAGUAGCUCCCAGACAGGAAAGGGGGACACAGUACAAUACAUCAAGGAGAAGAUCAGUAGAAAUCUCCAAACAGAGAAAUCCAUCAAUCUGUUCCACUGUCUGAAUGAACUGGGGGACAAUUCUCUAGUGGAGGAAAUCCAACGCUACCUGAAAUCUGGAACACAAAGUGAACUCUCUUCUUCACAGUGGUCUGCUCUGGUGUUUGCCUUACUGACAUCAGCAGAGGAGCUGGAGGAAUUUGACCUGAGUAAAUAUAUCUCUACAGAUAAAAUAACAGAUUGGAUUCUUGAGAAGGUGAUGCCUGUGAUUGCAGCAUCCAGAAAAGCAAUUAUCAGGUGUGAUACAAUUCAAAACAGUGGUUGGUCAGCUCUGGACUCAGUGCUCAGCUCAGAAACCUCCAAUCUGAGAGAACUGCAUCUGACUGUGGAUACACUGGAUCUGACUGGGAAUAAUCUAGGAGACUCAGGAGUGAAGCGUCUCUCUGCUCUACUGGAGAAUCCUCAGUGUAAAGUAAAAAAUCUGAAGCUGAGUAGGUGUGAUAUCUCAGAUGAACGCUGUGCUGCUCUGACUUCAGCUCUGAGAUCAAACUCCUCACACCUGAGAGACCUGGAUCUGUCCUGGAAUAAUCUAGGAGACUCAGGAGUGAAGAGUCUCUCUGCUGUACUGGAGAAUCCUCUCUGUAAACUGGAGAAACUAAAGUUGGAGUAUUGUGAUAUCUCAGGUGAAGGCUGUGCUGCUCUGACUUCAGCUCUGAGAUCAAACCCCUCACACCUGAGAGAACUGGAUCUGUCUAGGAAUAAACUAGGAGACUCAGGAGUGAAGAGUCUCUCUGCUGUACUGGAGAAUCCUCUCUGUAAACUGGAGAUACUGAGGUUGGAAGAUUGUGAUGUCUCAGAUGAAGGCUGUGCUGCUCUGACUUCAGCUCUGAGAUCAAACCCCUCACACCUGAGAGAACUCAAUCUGUCUGUGAAUAAACUUGGAGACUCAGGAGUGAAGAGUCUCUCUGCUGUACUGGAGAAUCCUCACUGUAAACUGGAGAUACUGAAGUUGUGUAAAUGUGGUGUCUCGGUUGAAGGCUGUGCUGCUCUGACUUCAGCUCUGAGAUCAAACCCCUCACACCUGAGAGAACUGAAUCUGUCUGGGAAUAAACUAGGAGACUCAGGAGUGAAGAGUCUCUCUGCUGUACUGGAGAAUCCUCUCUGUAAACUGGAGAAACUGACGAUGUCCAAUUGUGAUAUCUCGGGUGAACGCUGUGCUGCUCUGACUUCAGCUCUGAGAUCAAACCCCUCACACCUGAGAGAACUGGAUCUGUCUCUGAAUAAACUAGGAGACUCAGGAGUGAAGAGUCUCUCUGCUGUACUGGAGAAUCCUCUCUGUAAACUGGAGAUACUGAGGUUGUGUGAUUGUGGUGUCUCAGGUGAAGGCUGUGCUGCUCUGGCUUCAGCUCUGAGAUCAAACCCCUCAUACCUGAUAGAACUGAAUGUGUCUGGGAAUGAAAUAGGAGACUUAGGAGUGAAGUGUCUCUCUGCUCUGAAGAAUGAUAAACAAUCCAAACUACAGACACUGAGAUUUUACUAGACUACACACAUCUCUGUUCUGAGUAGAACGACCUGUGACCCCUGGACAACAUUUCCUCAAUCCCAAUGAAAACCUGAGGGAUUAUUUGGAACAGCAGGUGAAAAACCACACGGACUCCAGCUGAAGCCAGUCAGUGGAAGACGGAGCUGAAAUGGAUAGGAACAGUUUCAUGACAUUGGUGGGAUUCUCACCUGACAGGAUUAGCAUCUGAGGAGUUUAUGUGAAGAAGCCCCUAGGAGACUCACCACAAGUCACAUUUCUCACUCUGUCCUUUAGUUGGUAUUUAAUAUAGUGUAGAUCUUAAAUCCUCAGACAUGGUGUUCCUGAGCUGUUAGGAAUCAUCAUCAUAAUUAGAGCUGCUCAAGUUUGAUUCCCAUCACACGCAGUCAUGAAUACAUGACACACAAUGUGCUUCUUCCCCAAACUGUUUCCACAAAGUCUGAAACACACAGUUGUACAGAAACUCUUUGAAUCUAUUUAUGUGUAAAACUUACAACAGCAAUAAUUGUUUACCAGAAGGUGUUAAUCCUACAAAUCCGGCAUCUAAUCAUCAGCAGUUUUUAAUAAGCUUACUGGCUAUUUUAAACAUUUUCUGGCUAUUUUAAACAUUUUCUUUUAAAAAAAAAAAUAUCAAAUACAUUGAGCAUGUGUAAAAGUUUGAAUAAGACUCUCAUACACAUAAAAAAAUAAUCUGAUCCAGUUUUCUGUUCACACUUUAAACCCAGGAUUGACUUUCCCAGUAUUUUCCCAGCACACGUGCACAACCCCAUCAUCAUCAACUGCAGAGAAAACAAGUGUAUAAAGCUGAGUGUAGAGUGUGUGUGCGUACCUUUUUUUGCUCCAGUAAGGGCAGAGAGUCUAUGAGCAGAGUCAUCCAGAAGCUGUGUGGAGAGAUCUUUGCUGUCAUGAGGGAGAGCAGGAGCUUCACCGCCUCUGUGAACUUCUUCUCUUCAUACACUCAUGGUAAUUUAUUGUCAAAUGACAAAGCGCGGUGAUGCACAGUGGGAGCGUGAGUAAGAUCUGUAAUAUCAGUGUACAGUGUGAAUUUGUGUACAGUAUAUAACAUAGAAUGUCCCUCAUAGCUAUCUUCCCGAGCGGGAAUGGCACCAGCAGUUGGAAGAAAAAUGUAAGAACACACUUAACUGACAAGUCCUUUGCUCUGUUGCGGAAUGAAGCGUGGAGAAAACUGGGUAACGGCGGACGGCAGAGAUAAAGGAGGUGGAUAACGCUUAGUACGUGAGGUAACCACGAAGGGAGUCAGAAUGGUAGCUACUCACAUAGAGCCUGAUGAGACCAGAUAACAAGUAUGUGAUAUCAGUGUGCUUAUGAAUAGUUCAUGAUUAGGGUGAUACAGGUGUGGCAGGUUAGUACUCAGGUGAUUGUGAACAGGUAAGUGGAGCUGAAGGACCUGGUGUUGACGGUAUGCUGGAUGAAUCUGUGACAGAACACCCCCCCCCCCCCCCCACCUCAGGAAGUCUUUAUCACUCCCAGAAUCUGCCCCCUCAUCCGUGUCUGACUCCUUUCUCAUCUUCUGAACAGAAACAUCAAACUGGGAUCAGUACUUUUAACAAGUUACAGUUUCACCACUGACUGCUACAAAGCACUGACACUGAACACUCCUUCCAUAAACGUCUCCUUCCAGUAAACUCUCACUAUGUUAAUCUUUA